CGCUCCUUCCUCUCCGUAUUUCUCACUCGAAGCUUCUCUCCUUGCCAUCAUAUCUGCAGUUUGCUUCCAGUAUCGGUGCUUUCACAUGUCUGAUCCAGUCACGGGCCGAGAAAGGGCCCGCAAGUUGGUCCAGGGGAUCUCCGAGAGACAUGAAUAUCUCGGAGAAGAUGUUCUCAGUCUGAUGUCGGACGAGGUCCGUCGCCAAGUCGAGGAAGCGAUGCUAAGGAAAGAUGAGAUGAUUGGGUCUUCUGUGGUGACAUUGUCCAAGAACCUUUACAAUAGCAGCGCGCGCUUCGUUUUCGAGCUGGUGCAAAACGCCGAUGAUAAUCACUACACGGUAGCCAGAGGGCGCGGAACUGUUCCCUCGCUUGCCCUCCACGUCUACCCGCGUCGUAUUGUCGUAGACUGCAAUGAGGAUGGCUUCACACAUGAAAACCUUGUGGCGAUCUGCGAUGUCGGAAGGAGCUCCAAGACAGGUGCACAAGGUUACAUUGGUGAGAAAGGCAUUGGCUUCAAAUCAGUCUUUAUGGUAGCCUGGAAAGUGCAUAUUCAGUCUGGUGACUUUUCCUUCUCGUUCCGCCAUAAGCCAGGAGGUUCGGGAAUGGGGAUGAUCUCCCCAAUUUGGGAGGACGUUGAGGAACAGCUGCAGAGACCGAUGACCCAAAUCACUCUCUAUCUCCAUGAGGAUACGGCUCCGCGUGAAACCGCUAUGCAACAAUUUCGUGAUCUUCAGGACACCCUGCUGUUGUUCACAAAGAACCUCCAACGGCUAGAAGUCUCUAUGUAUGACGAUAAUGAAGAGCAAAUAUCGUCAACGGUGUUUGCAAUUAGCAGCCAGAACGAAAAUCACAAGGUGCUGAGAAAAACAGUCAUUCGAGAUGGUACAACGGAGGAACUCGCGCGGAACUACCACUUGACCAAAUACAUCGCGCACGGCCUUCCUCGAAGUGAGAAUCGUACAUAUACUGACGAGGAAGAGGGGGCCCUGGCGUAUAGUAGAGCAGACAUCAUACUCGCAUUUCCAGUGAGCCAGGAUUUUGUACCGAUCAUUGAACCACAGGAUGUUUUUGCCUUCCUUCCCGUCCGCAGUAUGGGGUUUACCUUUUUGAUCCACUCAGACUUCGUUACCGAUGCAAGCCGACAGGAUAUCGUCCGCUCUUCGGCGCGAAAUCGCAAGCUACGAACUGAAAUCGCCAACGCCUUCAAUACAGCGAUCUUAGAGAUGUGCAAGCAUCCUGCAUUACGAUAUACAUGGAUGCGCUACCUUCCUAAACGCGACGGACAUCAUUGGGAUCUUUUCUGGGUGGACCUGUUGGAUGAGUUGAAGUCACGAUUGAUAUCGAGUCCGAUUAUACAUGGCCGUACCAGUGGACUUUGGUAUCCCAUCGAGCAGAUGCGGCGUCUAUGGGACUUUUGGUAUGAUAAAUCUGGAGACCCUCUCUUUCCAGAUUUGCCACGGGAACAGUAUAUUUCUGCCCAUUAUGCGGAAGAAGACAUUGCGCGGCUCAUGGAUUAUGGGCUAAGCUUUAUGGCAAUGUCUGACAUGAUUGCAAGGGCUAGGAUGGACCUUCAAUCCACACAUUCCAAAAUGAAGAACAGGGAGACCAGCGAGGACUGGCACUCUCUUGCUGCGACAGCCCUCAGCCAUUCCUUUCGCUUGGGAUUUGAUACCUGUAUGGAGGAGGUCAAAGCUCUGCCCUUGAUUCCUCUGACAACGGGCAAAUGGGUGUCUAUCAAGAAGCGGGCUGUCUACCUUUCAUCUAUUAGUGGUAUCGAGAUCCCCAGCAGCCUUGGAAUUGACCUUGUAACUCCACGGGCAGCGAGUAACCCACAGCGUAAACAGCUGUUCAAGGAUCUAGGGGUCCAGCAGGCAUCUGUCGAUUUCGUUCGGAAGUUGAUCAAGGAGAAGUCUUCGGGGCUUUUUGCUACUCCCAUGUGGAGGGAACGUCUGCUUUUCUUGUAUUUCACAGAACGUCUCGGUUCCACUAGCUCUCAGGCUCUACUCAUGGAAUUAUUCAACGGUAAGGGCCCGGCAUUUUUCGAUCAUAAGGGUCAGAUAAAACAGCCAAAGUUCGACCCGGUCUACUUUCCCAAUGAUGAUCCAUAUGGUGCGAAGGCACUGCUGGAACCCAUUCAAGGCGGAGCUCCAGGCUUAAACGUCUCGUUCAUUAACGAGGAGAUAUAUUUACGUGAUCCUCCAUCGUGUCCUCCAAAUGAGCAACGAACAUGGAUCGAGUGGCUACAACAGGUAUUCCAUGUCCGGGAGACCGUCUCACUCAUAGAACCGAGGGAUUGCCUGUCAAAAGCCAGACUAGGGCGAGAAUGCCUUUAUGUCGCGCAGCACCGACCGGAAAAAUUCAUGGGGCUGCUUUUAACCUGUUGGGCGGUCGACGGGUCUAGGAUCAUUCGACAGCCAGAACUGGUGGAUGAGAUUCGCAAGUUCAAGGUACUCUGCGAAAAUGGCUCGAGAUAUCCAUUGGGCAGUACCUACAUUCCCAUCCCGGACCGGAGGGCGACGGUUUCAAGGUUCCUGAAGGACCAGAAGUUCUUCCCGUGGUUGCAAUUGGAUCAGCCCAUGGAUGGAGGGAGCCUUACACAGCAGUGGAUAGUAUUGACAAAGGCUCUUGACUUUGGUCAUCCCAAAUCUCAAACUCACUUUUAUCUUGACAUACUGGAUUAUCUAGAUUAUGCUCUGCAAGAUGGGGCCUCUGAAGCGAGCCAGAUGUUUGACCUUUAUGUCCACAUGCAGAUGGAAUGCCAUGCCAAUCCGUCUGCUGCAGAUGCAGUUAGGGACGGUCUGUAUAAGCGCGACAGAUACAUUUGGAUUCCGCUGCAUACCUGUGCAAAUCUGGAUUAUUGUCUUUGGGAAGCACCACACCAUAUGGCGAGCAAGUACCCCCUCAAGGCACUGUUUACAGAAUACUGUCGGCAAAACCAGGCAGAUGCUGUGUAUCUCAAAGACUUCUUUCAAAAGACGCUCAAAAUCCCCGAUGUUAGAGCGGAUGAUCUCGUGGUCGAGCUGGCGAAGCUGAAGUCUGACAAGUGUAGCGAUUUUGACCAAAUCAGCUCAGUAUAUUUGAAUCUGCAUCGAAUGUUCAAAAGGCUGUCUCCAAGGACAUUGACGACUUACCGAAAACGGUUUUCUGAAGAUGCUCUCAUCUAUGUGCCCCCCAAUUGGUACACCACGCCGGAGUGCCUUUGGUCAACGGCUACCUCUAUUCCUGGUCGCAUUGCACUCAAUGACCAUUACCAGGACUUGCAAGAACUGUUUGUCCAUUAUUUGGAAGUUCAGACCCUGACCAUGCAAAUGGUCGUCGAAAAGCUGCGAGACCAGGGUCGGGCGGGCUCGUCUUCCGUGGCCGAGGUCAAAAGCACGAUUUGGACCUUGAACUCUUUACUCCAGGGUCAACAGGCAGAUAUAGCACCUGCUGAGCAGGUGAUAAACUAUGCUGUAUUUCCUGUUCGGUUUCCGCACGGUGGUGUGCAGCUUCAGACUUCUGCGAGUGUGUUUGCAAUUGCAGAUCGCAAGCACCUCUUCAGUUACUUUAGUUCGAAGGCCAACCUGCUAGAUUUUGAGGUCGAUGAAGUCCCACGCCUUGAGCCAUUCAUCCAAUGGACUGGACUGAAUGGCCGCUACUUAUCGUUGUGUAUCAAGGAGAUCACAAUGGUGGGGGGAGACCACGCUCGAGAUUUAUCUAAUCCUGACCGCGACAUUUCUCAAAAGGCACACGGGCUCCUUCGCGUUGCAGUCCAUCUCAAGAGCCCUCGAGUAGCUCAGGAUGAAUAUGUUUUUUAUGAGGCCCUCAAAUCAAUCAGCAUGAAAGAAACCAACGGGAUCUCAUCUGAGCUUCAUCUCAAUCAGGAUGGGAGGGAUAUCAAGGUAGAAGUUUCUAGGAGUGAAUUGCACCUCGAUGACCGAGAUGGCCAGCUCACUGUGUAUAUUCCACAAGACAAGCGAACUCAAGAAAUCUGUUUUCUUGGCCGCAUUCCACUGGCUCUGCUGCAGUGGAUGAUGACCAACCCAUUAACACAGAUUACCCACGAGUUCAGCGACAGCUUCGUCACUAUCAUCCAGACCCUCCUGCAUGCUAAGAGCAAGUACGUCUCGGAUCUUUUGGACCUCGCUGGUAUUAUGUCCAUUGCGAGGGCAGACGACACAGUUGUUACGGCAGAGAAUGAAAGCCAGCAAACACAAGAGAUUGAAGAUCAGCAAUCGCACAGCGAUUUAUCAUCGGCUGCCGUUAGUAACAGCUCAAUUAUUGUCCAGCAUACCCCUCAGCGUGAUGGGCCCGUACAUACGCCACCUCGACCGAGACAAGACUCUUGGGUGUCAGAAACUACUGUUGUCUCUGCCUCAAUGCGGUCCCUCCCUGUAGCUCGCCCAUCUCCAGUGCUCCUACAGAAUUAUACAAACACGACAGCCGACCCCGAAUACUACCAAUUGCUUUCAUCUGUGCUCGCGUCUGCUAGGAAUGCCAUAUUCCCCAGCCAAGGUACCUUCGACAUGGCAGGUCUGGACGACUCAAUCACAUCGGUUGCAUUCUCCGAGACCAUUCGUCUGCGGGCCUCUGACCAGUUUGAACGGGACUUCAAGGUCGGUGCAGCCGGAGAACUAUUCGUAUUCGAACUCCUCUCAAGACUAGACCCACCCCUACCUGCCUUCACCCGCGACAACUGGCAAAGCGUGAUUCGCAGAUUCGUCACAAUUCUCCCCGAGUAUUCCAACAUGACAGCAUGGCAUGGUCGUGAGACAGCAGAUAUUACCUACGAUGAUCAGGAUGGAGUUCUCACCUCCCUCUUCAUAGACAAAGGAUACCUACGGGAUGAUGUGUGGAGGGGAAAGACACCUCGGUUCUACAUAGAAGUCAAAUCUUCUACUGCGGACAACCGUACGCCUUUCUUCAUGAGCAAGCACCAGUACCGACGGCAGAUGCAAGAGAUGUCCAACGGCGAGACACAGUCUGAUAACAUGGACAUGGUGUAUGUGAUCUUCCGAGUGUAUAAUCUAGGACAGCAGGGCAUGAGGAUGAAGGUUUACGUGGAUCCAGAAAUGAUGCGCGUGAAAGAGGAGUUACUAUUUACUGCCGAGGGGUGGUCGGUUGUUCCGGCUUGA